UUUGAGGGCGCGGGAGCCGUACCGAGCGCCGACGAGGGCAGGCGAGAGGGUGGGAAAGCCUGCGGGAGCGGAGGGCGGCGCCGGAGGAGGGCGGCGCGUGGCUGACUCAUCCCUCUGGAAGAUCAAACUGACGGAGACAAACCCUCGUCCAACCCGCCCGCGCCGCCCCUCCUCAGCCGGGAGGCGCCCGCCCGCACCGCCCACCCGCCCUCUCCCCGCCCGGCAGGCUUGGAGAAAGUUUUUCUCGUCGGAGGGACCCGAGCCGCCGCGGGCCUUUCGGAAGGCAAGGGGGACUGGAAAGGAGGCGACCGCCGCGCGGGCCCGGGGAGUGCAUGGUGCCCGGCGCCUCGGCUGCCAGUCAGGAGGACAUCGGGGCGGGGUCGGGCUGAGCCGAGCUCCUUCCCCCUGCCUCGCCAGAAAUCGCCCUCCCGGACUGCCGCGGGGGUCCCCGCUCCUCAGCCCGCCAUGUCCCGGCUGCUGCCGCUGCUGAGGAGCCGGACCGCGCGCAGCUUGAGGCCGGGCCCGGCCGCCGCGCCCCGCCCGCCGUCCUGGUGCCGCUGCGGGCGGGGGCUGCUGGCGCUCGCGGCCCCCGGCGGCUCUCGGGGGCUGGGCACCCACCCCAAGAAGGAGCCCAUGGAGGCGCUGAACACGGCGCAGGGCGCGCGCGACUUCAUCUACAGCCUGCACUCCACCGAGAGGAGCUGCCUGCUCAAGGAGCUGCACCGCUUCGAGUCCAUUGCCAUCGCCCAAGAAAAAUUGGAAGCUGCACCACCCACGCCAGGACAGCUGAGAUAUGUAUUCAUCCACAAUGCGAUACCUUUCAUAGGGUUUGGCUUUUUGGAUAAUGCAAUUAUGAUUGUUGCAGGAACCCAUAUUGAGAUGUCUAUUGGAAUUAUUUUGGGAAUUUCAACUAUGGCAGCUGCUGCUUUGGGAAAUCUUGUGUCAGAUUUAGCUGGACUCGGACUUGCAGGCUAUGUUGAAGCUUUGGCUUCCAGAUUAGGCUUGUCAAUUCCUGAUCUUACACCAAAACAAGUGGACAUGUGGCAAACACGUGUUAGUACACAUUUUGGCAAAGCUGUUGGGGUGACUAUUGGCUGCAUUCUAGGAAUGUUUCCUUUGCUUUUCUUUGGAGGAGGUGAAGAAGAUGAAAAACUGGAAAAGAAAAAUUAACCCUCUUAGAAUAUCUAUAAAAAGAUGUAAACUAAUGUACCUCAAUUACUAAAUAUGCUGUCACAACAUUUAGGAAUUAAGACAAUAACAGUGUAUAGAUAUGGGAUCAAAUAAUUCAGCAUGAUUAUGGAAAACACUAACUUAUUGUGGCUUGGUUUUCUUAGGACAUCUUUUUAAAAAAAUGUUUAGUAUCAUUUUGUGUAAAUUGUUGAAAUCCUUUUUCAUCAAUGGCAGUCAACAUUUUACCUUUUUCUUUAUAUAUCAUUUAAGUAUCAGUCCUUGAUGUACUGUACUGAGUUGGGGUUUGCCUAUUUGUUAUUUCAUGUGUGUGCAUGCAUGAAAGGGUCUUCUGUUGUGGCUGUUGUUCUCUACUUACAAUCAAACCUUGAGACUUUUUUCCCAAUUACUUAAGAUGUUUACCAUAAGUUAAAGGUUUUUCUUUUUACUCUAUUUGGCAACAUCAAUUUUGUACUGUUUUACAGUAAACACUUGCAAUCAUAAAUUCCAGUCACCUUUUUAACUCCUUCUAUUAAAGAUAGACGCACACUUCAAGUAUUUUAAGUAUCUAUUACUCAUUUUA